AUGAACUUUGACCCGACUUCAAGGUACAUUUUGGUCAUAGCUGUUACCCAGAGCACUUGGAUGAAGGUAUUCUUCAUGGUUAUAUAUUUAACGGAAAAUGGGUAUGUCCAUGUGGAUAAUAAGACUUUCCAGACCAGCAACGGCAUCAGCUCCUCCAACACUGGCACUCCUGGAUCUGAGGGCCAGAGCAACAUGCAGGGAUCCUACAGCUUCCUCCUUCCCGACGGCACCCUCGCCGAAGUCAGCUUCGUGGCCGACGAGAACGGCUUCCAGCCCUCGUCCGACCUCCUGCCCGUCGCCCCGCCGCUGCCCGACCACGUGCAUGAACUGCUCCGCAUCGCUGAGGAACAGCGGGCGAGCGGAGUUCAGUUUUAGGAUUCUUGACAUGACAACGAGCUCUUCUUUGAUAUUAUUGUAAAUAAACCUACAAACCAAUGCAAUAAAAAAAUGUGCAUGUACAUAAUGCGCUAAUCACAUUACCAA